AUGAUGACAGAGGAUCUGUAUCUUCUCGGUGGUCAAUUUGCCAUCCUCUGCCAAUUUGCCCAUCCGGAUUUAGCCAAAAGCAGCUAUAACCAUUCCAGAUUCGCCACAUGCGUGGCUAUUCGGCUCCGUAACACAGUUCGCUUUCUCAAUGCCGCCGUAUAUGGAACACCAGGGGAGAAAACGGCGGUCUUCUCCAUCAUCCACAAAUACCAUUCGCGUGUCAAGGGAAAUGACUAUGACGCCAACAACCCUGAACUCCAUAAAUGGACAGUGGCGACCUCAUUUGCUGGUCUGCUUGUAAUCUACGAGACGUUUAUUGGGAAGCUCGCGCCACAAGAUAUGAAGGCACUGUACCACCAGUCCGUCGUGUUUGGGACCUCUUUACAAAUGACCCCGGAAAUGUAG